AUGCAAUCAUAUAAUAGUAAUAAUAAUAAUAUAACAAUAUUAACAACAUUGACAACAGCAGCAGCAAUAGUGGAUUCUAUGGCAUAUGCAGUUUCUCAGAAGUUACAUGUCACAGAAAAUUUGAUAAAUCGACUAGGACUUGAGAAAGAAUUGGUUGGUCAUACAGGAUGUGUUAAUUGUUUAGAAUGGAAUGAAAGUGGCCAAAUUCUUGCUUCAGCAUCUGAUGAUAUGAACAUUAUACUCUGGGAUCCAUUUAAAUAUGAAAAAAAAUUAGUACUUCAUACACGUCAUCAUGGAAAUAUAUUUUCUGUCAAGUUUAUGCCAAAGUCAAAUGAUAGAAUACUGGUAUCGGGUGCUGCGGACGGGAAAGUACGAGUCCGUGAUCUUACACUUUUUGAACCAAUAUUUUCCUGUAAUUGUCAUAUAGGCCGUGUAAAACGUAUCGCUACUGCAACUACCGUACCUUUUCUUUUUUGGAGUGCUGCUGAAGAUGGUCUCAUUUUACAGUAUGAUAUUCGUGCUCCUCAUAAUUGCAAAACCAAUGAAUGUAAUAGUGUAUUAGUAAAUCUUGUUAAUCACAUGGGUCGAUGUGCAGAAGGCAAGUGUAUUUCUGUGAAUCCCAAAAAACCUGAAUUAAUAGCUGUUGGAGCCAAUGAUGCUUAUAUACGAAUGUACGAUCGUAGAAUGAUUAAGCUUUCUCAGGUGCCUAUUAUGUCUUCUCCACAUAGUCAUAUGACAAGGGGAAUUGUACGUAUGCGGCGUCGAGCUGCUAGAGGUGAUCCAGAUGAAAAUGUACCAUUGGGUUGCGCACAGUAUUUUAUCGCGGGCCAUCUGCAUUCUCGACAACGUGAAGGUAACAGGUGUCUUACUACUACAUAUUUAACCUUCAGUGCUGACGGAAAUGAGCUUCUUGUUAACAUGGGUGGCGAACAGAUUUAUUUAUUUGACAUCAACAAUCCAAAAAGCAUGAAGACUUGCUUUGGUUAUUCUUCGAAUAUGUAUUUAGGGGAUUAUGGAAAGUCCUAUGUGGAAAAGAAUGCUGAAGAUAAUACAGAUUUUACUAAAAAAAAUGUUAAAAUAUUGCCACCACAUGUUGAAGAAUUAAAACGUCAAGCUAAUGAAAGCUUUGGGCAACAAAAAUAUACUUUGGCAAUUAAUUUAUACAAUAAAGCAAUCAGUUAUUGUCCUACUGCAGCUGUGCUGUUUGCUAACAGGGCUGCAGCAUAUAUGAAGCGAACUUGGGAUGGUGAUAUAUAUGCCGCUCUUAAAGAUUGUCAAACAGCAUUACUCCUUGAUCCAGGACAUAUAAAAGCUCAUUUUAGAUUGGCUCGUUGUCUCUUUGAUUUACAUCAGUCAACCGAAGCUGAUACAGUAAUUAAAGACUUUCAACAGAAAUUUCCUGAAUAUGCAUCUAACUCUGCAUGUAAAGCAUUAAGGAUGGAUAUAAAAGAAGCUGUAGAUUCUGGUAGAGAUAACCAUGAGCCAAUGAUACUAAUAUCAAAGUAUGAGCGUGAAUGGCGACGCAAUACAAUUGAUUAUAAAAUGAGGUUUUGUGGACAUUGUAAUACUACAACUGAUAUAAAAGAAGCUAAUUUCUUUGGGAACAAUGGUCAAUAUAUUGUGGCAGGAUCAGAUGAUGGUUCCUUUUUCAUUUGGGAUCGUAGUACCACAAAUAUUAUACGCGUACUAAGAGGAGAUGAACGCAUUGUAAACUGUCUUCAACCUCAUCCAUCUACAUGUUUAUUAGCUACUAGUGGUAUUGAUCCAGUAGUUAGAUUAUGGAGUCCUUUACCCGAAGAUGGUAGCGUAAAUGAAAGGGAAAUUCUAAACUUAGAAGAUGCUGCAUCCGCAAAUCAAAUUCGUAUGAAUAGCGAUCCAUUUGAAGUGACUUUAAUGAAUAUGGGAUAUCGAUUUCCUGUUCAACAAGCUGAACUAAACGAAGAUGGUGAUGAUAAUGAAGAUCAAUCAUAUGUGCAACCUUUGAAUUGUAGACCAAGUUAA